UCCCCUUGGCUCAGCUCUCAGUGGCCACAGAGACAGAAAGAGGGACGAGAGCGAACAUGGCUGCCCCGAGCCAGCCCCAGAAGUCCACCUACGAUGUCAUUGUCAUUGGGGCUGGCAUCCAGGGCUCUUUCACUGCCUACCACCUGGCCCAGCACCACAAGGACACUCUGCUGCUGGAGCAGUUCCUCCUGCCCCACUCUCGGGGCAGCUCACAUGGGCAGAGCCGCAUCAUCCGCAGCGCCUACCCCCAGCAGUAUUACUCCUGCAUGAUGCCUGAAAGCUUCCGCCUCUGGCAGCAGCUGGAGGCCGAGACCGGCACCACCCUCUACAGGCAGACAGGAUUGGUGCUGCUGGGGCCGGCGGGAGAUCCCGAGCUGGAGGCCUGCAGGAGGAGCCUUGGUGUUGACGAGGUCCUGGACGCCGCGGCGCUGGCCCAGCGCUUCCCUGGCUUCCAGCUGCAAGCUGGCCAGGUGGCCGUGCUGGACAGCACUGCUGGGGUGCUCUUCGCUGACCGGGCUCUGCGGGCAGCGCAGAAGGUCUUUUGCCAACGUGGAGGCACCCUGCGGGAUGGGGAGAAGGUGCUGCACAUCAAACCUGGGGUCAUGGUCACUGUCACCACCACUGCUGGGGUGUACCAAGCCCCCCGGCUCAUCAUCACGGCUGGAGCCUGGACCGGUGCCUUCGUGGAACAACUGGGUCUCUGCCUGCCGCUGCAGCCCCUGCGCAUCGAUGUCUGCUACUGGAGGGAGAAGCAGCCUGGGAGCACCAGCUUGGGUGAUGUCAGUCCCUGCUUCUUGACCCUGGGGCUGAGCCAAGCCCCCCACGGUAUCUACGGGCUGCCCUCCAUUGAGUACCCAGGUCUGAUGAAGGUAUGCCACCACCACGGCAGCCCCACUGACCCAGAGAAGCGGGAUCAGGCCUCCUCGAGUGCUCCCCGCCCUGACAUCGCUGUCUUGAGCAGCUUCAUCAGCAGCUAUCUGCCCAGGCUGGAGACCCAGCCAGCGGUGAUGGAGACCUGCCUCUACACGAACACUCCAGAUGAAGAUUUCAUCCUGGACCGGCACCCUAAGUUCAGCAACAUCGUCAUUGGUGCCGGCUUCUCAGGCCAUGGGUUCAAGCUGGCACCAGUGGUGGGGAAGUUGCUGUGUGAGCUGAGCCUGGGUGAGGAGCCAUCCUAUGACAUGGCCCACUUUGCCAUCACUCGUUUCCCCGGCGUGCUUAGGGCUGCACAGUAGGCGUGGGGCUCCAGACGUGCCCCCACGGCAUUGCACUGGCCUGCAGCUGUGUCCCUGCAUCCUGCUGUCCUUACACCCAGUACACCUCCAUCCCUAUCUAUCUCCAUCUCUCUGAACCCUGGGGACUCUCAACAUGCUGCAUUCCUGCAUGCACACCCCAGAUACCCUGCAUCCUCAUGUCCCCACACUCCACCCUUCCAUCACCUCUGCAUCCCUGCUUUCGCACACCCCUGCACCCUGGCACCCUGGCACCCUGCCUCCCCACACCCCAGCACCCCCAUGCCAUGCAGUGCCAAGCCAUCUCUACCAAGCACCCACUCCUGGGGAACAAAUUAAGAAGCUUUGUCACCCUCAUGAAGAUGGAGCUGGAGCAGCGCGGAGAGACACACUCGCUUAGGAGUCAAGUUAAAUGUUUUAAUGUUAAAUGUGCCAUUUUAUUAUCAUUAGAUCGCUCCCACUUAAUGAAAGCGCAUUAGCGCAGCGUGGCUUUAUGGCAGCAAGCA